UACUGUUUACUGCUAUUUUUUUUAUUUUUGUUACAAGCCGUGUUUCGUUUAAAGGCUGUGUAAAGUUCAUGGGUUUCAAUGUACCGGUAGGCACUUGCGGCUUAUAGACGUGUGCGGUUUAUUUAUGUACAAAAUACAUUAUUUUUUUUUAAAUCAGUGGGUACGGCUUAUAUUCAGGUGCGCUUAAUAGUCCAGCAAUUACGGUAUAUAAUUGUGUUUUAUGUUUAUUGCACAUUUGAUAAAAUACAGUCUAGACAGCUGCUAUGCCCGAUGGUGGCUACUAUAACAGUCUUUGGCUAAAAUGCUGCUAGCAGUACCACAAUGGUGCACAUGACAAACUGAGCGAAUCAAUGUUAAUUAAUACUCUUCUUUUAGUGGUGUAUGCUCUGCGCACAUAUUUGAGUAGUUGAGACAUUAAAGGGUAUUGUUAGGAAUGUAAACUUUUCCUCUAUUCUAGUAAAAUAAUGUCUCAAUGUGUUUUGGUGUCCAUAUGACCGACUCUUUUGAAACAAACUUCACAAACGCAAAUACAAUGUUGAAACCGCUCGUCAGAGAGAAAGAUCUGAUCUCUCAACUUUGUUGGUUUAAGAGGCAGGGGAGGGCUUGGUGUAAACCAUAGAGAAAGAGGGGAAGCAAGAGGUUUCACUCUUGCUAAAAUCUUUUUGCAAACAACUGCCGUUUUGACUGCUACCCCAAAACGUUAGAGCGUAUGGAGUCUUCGUCUACUUCUCUACUAUUCAUAUCUGUUUGCGGAACCAAAAUAUUCACUACGGAACUUACUGUACAGCUCCAUUACCACAUUUUCUUCCAACUUCCCCUAAUUUUCUGCUUGUCAAAUCCGAAAACGGAUCAGGAAUAGCAUCUACCAAUCUGUAAAUAGAGCUGUUUUAGUAACCCAUCAACUGCACUCUUUCUAGCUGCAGUAAAUCUUGUCAGAAACUAGCAGAUUAAUUAUUUACCAACAAGGGCUGGAAAUUCCAAUAAAACUACAUCAUGUUUUAAAGUUUACUUUCUUUGCUUUGUCUAAUAACUCUAUCAAGAAUCUAGCGAAGCCAUUUUGUGGGCCAGAUUGCAGUAUUUAGUUAAUAUUAAAGCACAAACUUACUGUACGUUAGCAUGUUUCUCACACUUUCUUUAGCCAAAAGGCAGCAGUGUUGCCUCGCAAUGCUAGUUUUCCUGUCUCUUAAAAUAAGGUUGGGCUGUACCCCUCUGAUUGGAAUGAGCAGAUUAGGAAUAGUUUCUACCAAUAGAAAGUUACCGCUGAGUUUUUAGAGUGACUAAAAGUGGCAUGCUGACGUCAUACUAUGGAACGGCGUUUGGGUCUUUGAGUGUCAAAAAGGAUACACAUCAAAUAACACUAUUUGACGUGUUUUAAUAGGCUUGUUGACCAAUCAGGACCUGAAUAUGACUGCACGUCACAAUAACUCAAAUUUUUUAUGUAGUUAUUAAACAUUGAUUACACUCACUCGUAUUUCAUGUCACAACGGUUCAUCGAUACCUAUGCUAUGAUGCUGGUAAAGUUGUCUCGCGUACCUACAGUGCUGGUCAUAAAAAAAAGCUAGCUAGCUCAUGGAUGCAAACAACAUUCUUCCCUAAAAACAUAGCAAAAUGACAUAUGUUCUGACCACAACCACACAACUACUGACCACAACCACACAACUUCUGACCACAAUCACACAACUUUGACCACAUGUAGUGACCACAAUCACACAACUUUUUACCGCAACUACACUUCUGCUGACGACACCUAGUGAUCACAGCCACACAACUUCUGACCACUCAUCUAGUGACUACAACCACACAACUACUGAUCACUCAACUGCUGACCACAACCACACAACUUCUGAGCAUAACCACACAACUGCUGACCUCUCAUCUACUGACGACAAACCACAAAACUGCUGACCACAAACUACACAACUGCUGACCACAACCACACAAUGGCUUACCACAUCUAUUGACCACAACCACACAAAUUCGGACAGCAACCAUACAACUGCUAACCACAUCUACUGACCACAACCUCUGACCACAUGCAGUGACCACAACCACACAACUUUUUACCGCAACCACACUACUGCUGAUGACAUCUAGUGACCACAGCCACACAACUUCUGACCACAGCCACACAUCUUCUGACCACAACCACACAACUACUGACCACUAAUCUAGUGACCACAACUUACCGCAACCACACAACUGCUGACCACAUCUAGUGACCACAACCACACAGCUUCUGACCACAACCACACAGCUUCUGACCACAACCACACAGCUUCUGACCACAACCACACACCUUCUGGACACAACUGCUGACAUCGACCACACAACUGCUGACAUCGACCACACAACUGCUGACAUCGACCACACAACUGCUGACAUCGACCACACAACUGCUGACAUCAACUACUGACCUCAUCUACUGACACACAGAACCACACAGCUUCUGACCACAUCUAGUGACCACAACCACACAACUUCUGACCACAAUCACAAAGCUGCUUACCACAACUACUGACAACAACCACACAACUUCUGACCACAUCUAGUGAACACAGCCACACAUCUACAGACCACAACCACACAUCUGACCAUACAACUACUGACCACACAUCUAACUACUGACCAUAUCCACACAACUUUUGACCACAACUACUGACCACUACUACUGACUAUCAAUGGGAAUUUAAAAGGAUUUCACUAUUAAAAUAAUAUAAUUGAAAUUCAACUUUUUAAACUUAUUUCACUACCACAAAAAUACAAAAGAGCUUUAGCAAGCCCCACAACUUUUAAAGUUACAAUCUUGUUGUAUACAGAUCUCUGGUGUAAUGGGAAGGUUCACACAGCAUAGAAGAGCAAAAGAGAUGAGACCAAUAAUACAACAUGAAAACAAGCAGACAUAAAUGCUCAAAACAACGAAAAAUAACAAAAUCUAAAUUCUUGCGAUUACAGACAUUUGGAAUAUUGCGCAAAAUCAUACAUUCUAAUUCAUUAUAUAUCGCCCAACCAUACUUCAGGGGGAAGCUGGUUCCACCAUUGGGGAGCCAGGACAGAGAAGAGCUUGAACUGGGAUGAGCAGGAGCUGCCCUCCAGGGAGGGCCAAGAGACUAGAAGUGGUAGAACGGAGUGCUCGGGUUGUGGUGUAGGGUUUGAGCAUAGCCUGAAGGUAGGGAGGGGCAGUUCCUCUUGCUGCUCCGUAGGCAAGCAUCAUGGUCUUGUAGUGGAUGCGAGCUUCGACUGGAAGCCAGUGGAGUGUGCGGAGGAGUGGGGUGACAUGAGAGGACAUGAGAAGCUUGAAAACCAGGCAAGCUGCAACAUUCUGGAAAAGUUGCAGGGGUUUGAUGGCACAAGCGGGGAGCCCAGCCAAACGCGAGUUGCAAUAGUCCAGACGGGAGAUGACAAGUGCUUGGAUUAGGACCUGCACAGCUUCCUGUGUGAGGUAGGGCCGUACUCUACAGAUGUUGUACAGCAUGAACCUGCAGGAGCGAGUCACUAAUUUGAUGUUUGCAGAGAACGACACAGUGUUGUCCAGGGUCACGACAAGGUUCUUUGCACUCUGGGAGGGUGGCACUGUGGAGUUGUCAAAUGUGAUGGAGAGGUCUUUGAGCAGGCAUGCCUUCCCCGGAGGAAGAGCAACUCCAUCUUGUUGAGCUUGAGGUGGUGGACCAAAGAGCCGUCGUCAGGAAAUUCAUUUAUCGAGGUGUCAAGCUCUUUGAGGAACUCACCGAGGGCACCUGGUGGGCGAUAGAUGACAAGCUUGAGUGGACAAGUGACAGUAACCGCAUUGAAUUAAAAUGAGGAAAUGGACAGGUGAGGGAAAGGAGAGAGAAUCUCCAGUUAGGAGAAAUGAGUAGCCUUGUGCCACCACUCCAACGACCAGAUGCUUUUGGACUAUGAGAGAGAACUAGUCAGAUGAAGAGAGAGCAACUGGAGUAGCAGUGUUCUCUAAGGUGAUCCAUGUCUUGUCAAAAAGUUUCGGACCUGAAGGGCAGCAUAGGCAGAAAUUAACUCUGCGUUCCAAAAUCACAAGUUAUGUCAAUGUGUUGUUGUUUUUCGCCUAUCUGUCUGCCUAUUGACACUGUCAUCAUCAUGUGCUGUUAUGGAUACAGUUGAUUUAUUGCACCUGAAAGCGUCUCUACCUUCCAAUGGGCGAGGAAAAGCCAGAGACGUUGGACUUUGUCAAAGACUUCCAAGAGUAUCUCAGCCAGCAGACUCAACAUGUGAACAUGAUCUCGGGCUCCGUCAGUGGAGUCAAAGAGAUGGACGACUUACCAGCAGACUGCAGUCAGAAUGGAUUAGACCACCCCUCAGCAGAUAUGUCCCUUGAUGACGGCUCAGGGAUGCUGGUGGAUGGCUUCGAGAGAACAUAUGAUGGCAAACUCAAGUGCCGUUACUGUAACUAUGCUACCAGAGGCACAGCACGACUCAUUGAACAUAUCCGCAUUCACACAGGAGAGAAACCCCACAGAUGUCACCUGUGUCCUUUUGCCUCUGCUUAUGAGCGCCACCUAGAGGCCCACAUGCGCUCCCACACAGGAGAAAAGCCUUACAAGUGUGAGCUGUGCUCCUUCCGCUGCAGCGACCGCAGCAACCUUUCACACCACCGCCGCCGCCGCCACAAGCUCUUACCCAUGAAAGGUGCUCGCUCUUCUCUCUCCCACAAGAAGAUGUUGAGCGUCCUGCAGAAGAAGAGCAGCCUGGGCUAUGGUCGCCGGCUCCUCAUCAACUUCAGCCCCCCCUCCAUGGUGAUGCACAAGGCUGAGCACCUGGACGACUACUCCCACGAACUGCCCCACCUGCGCCAGGAGACCUACGACGACCAGGGUGCUGGUGGAGAUGGAAGCUCCAGGGACAAUCACCACCAUCACCACCACAACCUGGUCAUGGAAAACCCCCUCAACCAGCUCUCCACCCUGGCCGGUCAACUGGCCAACCUGCCCUCUGAAGCUGAGGACCAGACCCAACAGCCUCCCAUAUCUCCAGGUGCAGAGUCCUGUGUGGAUGAGAAGCCCUUCGUCAUCCAGCAGCCUCUCCCAGCCACGGCUUCUGCUGCUGUGUCAGCCAGUACUGCCCAUGCUGCCUCCUCCUCCCCCAUCACCCCAGAGCCCAGGCCCCCACCACACAGCAACUGCAGCCCUGGGGCAGGUCCCUGCAGCGAGCACAGCGGGCGCACCAGUACCCCCAGCAUCACCAACAGCCAGCCCAGCACACCAGUCCCGGGCCUUCCCUCGCUGCAUCAAGACCCCCAGAUGCUGCACCACUGCCAGCACUGUGACAUCUACUUCCCUGACAACAUCCUGUACACCAUCCACAUGGGCUGCCACGGCUAUGAGAACCCCUUCCAGUGCAACAUCUGUGGCCACAAGUGCAGGAGCAAGUAUGACUUUGCUUGUCAUUUUGCCAGGGGGCAGCAUAAGCAGUGACUUGUCGCCGGGUCAGUGACGAAGGACUGGAGAUGAUUGAAGGUGUUUAUUUAAUUCCAUAAUGGUGAUUUUUAUUUAUUACUGUUGAUCUUUCUGAAAUUGGACAUGAUGUAGCCGUUGCAAAUUCUGUAUAGUGAAUUUGAUUUUACAGGAAAGAAAAUAACAUUUGACCUUGCCCAUGUGUAUGUAAUGUUUAGGGAUGGAGUGGUUUAGAGGUACAACUCACUUGACCGGUUUGAUCGUUAAACAUUCCUUAUGUGGGUUUUUAACAUGAACACUGUUUUCAGCCUUACAAACAUACUGUAGUUCUAGAUGAUGCUAACAUUUUACGAGUGCUCUUUUAUCGGCUUUAACCGUAACCCACUAAACCAUUUCAGAGUGCGAAGACGGCACCAUCAUGCCUCCCACAGUGCCUACCAUAUUCACGACCACUUAACCUGUACAUUUGACGUCUUUAUUUGUUUCUGUUCGUUUUCUGUAGAUGAGGGUGUUAUGUUGUCGUGUGAUGGAUUUGUAAACAGUGCCCUUCCUUAACCAUCAGCUAUUGGGUGUUGUGGAAAAUAAAGCAGAACCUUAUACAUCAUGUUAUAUUCUGACAUUUAAAUGGAAUACUUCAUUGUGAGAUCCAAUACCUCUACUGUCAAAGCAUUACCACCAUAUCUUUUGUCAAUCCUGUUCAGUCCAGAAUUGCCAAGUAGCACCAGAGAUGCCAUGUUUUAGCAUACAUGCCAUGCCUUUGGAUUUCUUCUGUCCUUCUAUAAUCAAGGCAUUGCAUAUUAGGGAUCUGUGCUUUCUUAGAUAUUUAUCGAGUAUUGUAAUCUACAUUUCCCAGUCAGUUAGGUGUUGUCAAUGAAGUUGAAAUUAUACUGAAGUGAAGAUUACUGCCUUAGCAGGGUUGUUUUGUAUUGGAUACUGUUGUCUGCAUAGCAACAUUUGUGGAGAACAUAGUUACUGUUUCUAGGACUAAUUGCAUGUCCUAGAGGGGUAACGUAAAGGGGGGGAAAAACUUGUACGGGAGUUUGUUUAAUGUGUUGUAUCUUGAUAGAGCAGGUGAAUGUUGAAGCGUUUUGGCGAUCAUUAUGUCACCUUGGAUGACAAAUUGUUUUAUGUGAGAGUAAUAUUAACACAUUUCUAAGUAAAGUGUUUUCUAACAUAUCUA